GUCACUGCCACUGUCACUGCUGUCAACUGUCAUUGUAUUGUCAUGUUUAUAGUAAAUGUUCGAAGUCUAUAUAAAUCUAAUUAAACGUUCCUAAAAACUAAGAAUGAUAAUUGAUAAUAGAUAGUAAAGUGUUUCUAGUGCUAUGAAUUCUUCAGAAAACGUGCUAAAAGCCUCGCAAGGGGGCUUGCAUUGCAGCAAAGAUGCCUUAACUGACGUUUUCGGAUGGUUUCUUCAAGUGUUAUUAGCCUGUUUAGCCUUCACCUGUCUCAUAGCUAAAAGGUUUUGUGAGCCACGAAGUGAACGCCGUUCUUGGUUAAUUUGGUUCUAUGACACCUCAAAGCAAGGUAUGGGGGCUAUGGCUAUACAUCUGGCCAAUGUAUGGCUCGCAGGACAAUACUUAGGCGAUCCAUGUACUUGGUACUUGAUAAAUUUCCUCUUGGAUUCCUCCUUGGGGUUGUUUAUUAUAUUCAUAGGAAUUCGUUUAAGUCAACAUUUAUCGAAAAGGAAAGGUUGGGAGGCGAUUAAUUUUGGGGAGUAUGGAAAGCCACCGUCGGCAAAUGCGUGGAUGGCGCAGUGUUGUCUUUAUGUGGGCCUUAUGGCCAUUGUUAAAGUGUCAAUAACAUUAUUUAUGCAGCUUGAUUUUUGGGAUGGCGUUAAAGAUUUUAUUUUAUCGCCUAUUGAUAAUCCCAAGGUGGAACUAGCAUUUGUUAUGCUCAUCAUACCGUUUUUCGUAAACAUGUUGAUGUUUUGGGUCACUGAUAACUUUCUUAUGCAUAAAAGUCACACUAAAAGACGUGCGAGAAGGACGAGUGCUGAAAAUACUCUUUUGGCGCGAACUAAAGUCAAGUACAGAACAAUUAAGAAAAAAAUUAGAAGACGCGAUUCGGAAAGUGAUAUUCUGCUUUCAGGAGAUGAUGAAUUGUUAGACCCUGAAUCAGUACCUAUAAAUGGACACGUGUUAACUUAAAAUUGUGUUAGGCUGAUUAAAAUAAUUAAGAGACUGUCCAAAUAUCAUAUUUGCAAAAUCAAGUGCCUUAAUGUGGUUACUUGUGCCAAAUUAUUUUAAUCAGCGGUUUCAAAACGGCUGUAAUUUUGUCUCUCCUUAAGCUCUAACGAUUUAAGUUUAGUUAAAUCUGGUUACCGUGAGAUUAGUGAUAUCUAGGUUACUUCUGUAGGUGCUAUUUAUGAAACAAAAUAGUCAAACGACUCUGUUUAUAUAGUAGUCAUCAUCAAGCCUGUGUAAUGUAUCAAAUUUGGGAUUGAACACCUCAUAGAACCGUCCCAUUUUUAUUUAUUUGGUUUUUGCAUAUUUAUAUUAAUUACUCAUUGACAUUCCAUAUUCUCAUCGAAAAAUUUAUCUCUUGUUUUAAUCACGAACGUCAUAUCUUUACCAUAUUUAUACCAAAUAUUUAGAUAUAAGAGUUUUUGUGUACAGAACGGAUAAUAAAUCGAUUUAUUUUCGUAAUAAACGGUUUUACU